AUGGCUGAACCAAACCCAGCCAAACGCAAAAGGGACGAAGAGGAAGAGGAAGAGAUACAGUCAUCAUACUUCCACAAUUUCGAGAAGUUCGCACGCUUCGCAGAUGUCACUUUCAUCGCACAGAAUGAAUCACAGGAUGAAAUGCGAGUGUGUGUCAACUCGGUCAUUAUGAAAAACGCUUCACCUGUCUUCGAAGCCAUGCUCGGUCCACACUUCAAGGAAGGUCAUGCUCUCGCCCAAGCAAGAAGCGGACCAGUUGAAAUCGCACUGCCUGAAGACGACGCCGUCGCAUUCGGCCACAUCUGCCAGGUUCUUCAUUGCCAGGCCGAUACGAACCUUUUGGAGCCGUGCCCCGAGUUGCUUCUCAGCAUUUGGAUUGUCGUUCAAAAGUACGACUUGAAAAACGCCGUAAAACUUUCCAUGGGACAUUGGGUCUGGCGACAACUUGAGUGGCGUUCGGGGCUUGAAGACCUAUGGUUUUUAGCACUAUUGUGCUCUCAGAUCGGAGAAACAAACGCUUUUCGAUCUGUUACCCAACAACUCAUGCUCUCCGGCAAUUUAUCAUUCGUGAAAUUAGCAACAAAACUAGAAGCAUGGACCAAAGGAAUCAUUCCUGGUCGAGUCAUUUACAAGCUUGCAGGUUGGUUUGUUCUUGUUGAAACCUAG